UGUUGCUGAUGCUGUUGCCCGGCGCCUGCAUCCGAGCAUCCAGACGGGGGAAACCGACGGUCCAGCAGCAGCUCAGAGCACCGGGACAGACGGGGGAGUGAGACGGAUCUUCGGCAUCCCUGGAGAGCAGCAGACGCAGUGAGAAGAUGACUCUGGCAGCCUAUAAAGAGAAAGUCAAAGAGCUCCCCCUGGUGUCUCUGUUCUGCUCCUGCCUGAACCCACAGACUGCAGAAAAACCCACAUACAAGGCAGAAGAUGCGGUGGACCUGGGCUGGUGCGUCAUCAAAGACGUGGAGGUGAUCGAGCUGAACAAGCGAGCGUCAGGCCAGGCCUUCGAGGUCAUCCUGAAGCCUCCGUCCUUCGACGGCGUGCCAGAACUCAACACCUCCAUGCCGCAGCGCCGCGACCCGUCCCUGGAGGAGAUCCAGAAGAAGCUGGAGGCGGCCGAGGAGAGGCGAAAGUGUCAGGAGGCCGAGCUGCUGAAGCACCUGGCCGAGAAGAGGGAACACGAGCGGGAGGUGAUCCAGAAGGCAUUUGAGGAGAACAACAAUUUCAUCAAGAACGCCAAGGAGAAGCUGGAGCAGAAGAUGGAGGCCAACAAGGAGAACAGGGAGGCUCUGCUGGCAGCCAUGCUGGAGAGGCUGCAGGAGAAGGACAAACACGCCGAGGAAGUGAGGAAGAACAAGGAGAUGAAGGAGGAGGCCUGCCGGUAGACGAGCGAUGCUGACAGAGAGAAAAAAAACAGCAAGACUGGGGAGUUUUUGAGUCUGAAAAAAAAUACAAAUAAAUCAAAACAGUGCAGAAAAGAAUAAGAAGGAACUCAGCAACAGCAACCCGAACAAAAGGAAAAAAGGCCGGUUUUUGUAUUUGAUGUCUGCUGUGAUGAUUGUGAACAAGCUGUACAAAGUUCCAAACUCUUGAUGUUGAAAUUAGUCUUUUUUCUAAAGGGUGGGGAGGUCUGGGGCGACAGCAACACAACAAUCUACAGGUUUAAACAGCAGUGAUUGUUCGGUCCAGGAGGAGGUCAGAGAUAAGAACUAGAGCUCUCUAUUCCUGCAGUUUCAGUUGGACAGGAGGAAAUUAGAACUGCCUGCGUUGUAUUUUAGCAUCAUUAACCCUCCUGCCGUCCUCAUUUACAGGCAACAAAAAAAUUCCCUAAAUUUCUGAAAAUUUGCAAAACCUUCAGGAAGAAAAUUCCAAUAAUUCCUUAAAAGUUUCCCUUAAAAAUUUUAUUUUUUUUUUAAAAUCCCUCAAAUUUGGCAAGAAAAUUCUUGUAAAUAUUUUCAAAAAAUGAUUAAAAAUCUUCCAAAAAAAUCCAAAAAAUAUCUAAAGUGAUUCUAUAUAUAUCAGUAAAAAUUCUAAUAUUUUCUUUAAGAACAUUCACAAAAAAUCAACCAAAAUCCAGCAAAUUUCACUGGAUUGUGGUUGAUUUUUUUUGUGUGAAUAUUCUUAAAGAAUCACUUUUAACAUUUCUUUUUUUCCCACCAAAAAAUGUUCAAAGAUUUCCCAAAAAUGUUGAAAAUGUGGGCAUCAGAAAUUUCACUGUGAAAGUAGAUUUUUUCCCAUAUUUUCAAACUUUAAAACGGGUUAAUUUUGACCGGCAGGACGACACGAGGGUUAACUGAGCUGUUUUCGUCAGACGCAGUUUCACUCCAGCAGGAUUCUCAUGUAUCACACACAGGAAAUACCACACAAGGAUUAAAAAUAAAAACUGGUUUAGCUCUUGUGAUAAUUCUCUGCUGCACCAUUUCUGGGAUAUUCCAGUCUGUCGGGACGCUGAGCUCACUAAAGGCUUUGUGAAUAUGAAAUAAAGAAUCGCUCUUUCCUUUCUUUCUCUGGAGCUCUGGGGGAGUUGAAGAAAAACUAAAAAAUAAGCUUAAAAAGUGAGGAAUCUGUGCUGUUCCCGCCACCGUGGGACUCUCUGUGAAACUAUCUGUAGUGUAGUCGUAGAUCAGUGACAUGCUUUAGACUCUCUUAGAUUUAGAGCACUGAUUGCACUCUUCUUUCAUUAAGCACAACUCAAAAGCACAUAUGCAUCUGAGAAAGGACGGUUGAACAUAUAUAGUAAAAACCAACAAUAACACCACAAGUAGAGAGAAACAGCAAAAGUUCACAGUCUGGCUCGGUUUCUGGAGAGGACUCACUGAGCUCUGAUUGUUCCGUGGAAUUUAAACAGAACGAUGAGAUUCGGUUGUUGAGUCAUACUGACUUGGCUGAAACGUCUAAAACUGUUUGCACUGUACCGGGGGAGUCGUAACUUGGGGUUUGUACUUGCUGUAAGUGUGUCGCUGUAUAUCUUCCAGGCUGGACUGAUUAUAUCUACUAGGCAUGGUCAGUAAAAAAAAACUUGAAUGAA